CGGCCCCGCCCACUCCUAGCCCCGCCUGGGCCAGCCUGACCCCGCCUUCGCAGGUUCCCCAACGGCGAAGGGGUGGGUCGCAACGGAGGAAGCACGUGAAGACGGGGCCCAGUGUUUUGGAGGGACAGCUUAGCCCCCACAAAACCAUGGUGCUUCCACGUCACCAGAGUUUAAAACGACAGUUUGGUUUUCUGCCCUGAGCAGUGACGUUCCACGCUGCUCUAACGUUAUUUUACCCUAUGGCGUAAUGCAGUCUUGAUCGAGGGUGUGGCAGUGGGCUGUGACGCCUGCCGAGGUCCUGUUACUCUCCUUGGACCACUCACGCUAGGAGAAUGGCCUCACCUCUGAAGGGAAAGCCCUCUGCUCCACGGGUGGAGACUGCCCACUGCAAAGAGACGUCAACGGUCCGUGUGGAGACAUCGUCCCACCACGUGGAGACCUCAUCUCGGCAGGUGAGAACAUCUUCCCGGCAGGUGGAGAGCACCCAGCGCCACUGUGAAGCACCUUCCCCUUACCCCGCUGGAAAGCAGCUGCCUCGCGUCCUCGAGGUGUCCUCUCAGCACGUGGAAACCUCCUCGCAGCGCAUAGAAACGUCCUCCCGCCGCAUCAGGGCCACAUCCCUCCAGGUGGAGACAUCACGACACCUCGUGGAGAGCGCGGCCCGGCGGGACAAGCAGACUGCGCGCCAGAACGUGAAAAUGACAGGAUGAGAUACUGGCCAAGGGCCAUGGCCAUUAGCCGGGACGGAAGUGCUUUUAGCUUCCAGACAGCCAGCUGCCAAGAGUACCAGUCAUCUUGGAUUUCCUGGAAAGAACCCAUAAAUCAAUGUGCGAAAUAGCCUAGCUGCCCUUUCUGGCUUUUAUUGACCGUAUUGCACAUGGACCGUACUACUCUUGACCCAGUGAACUAUUUUAACUGGAAGCCAGGACAAUGAAUCUUCAGCCCCAUGAUCCUGUAUAAACUGAGUUAUGAACAGAGGUUGAGGCUCUGAACCAGUACCUGGAAGACUGGUUUGAAACUGACACUGGAAAACCCGAACAGCUGAUUUCUGCUCACUUGAUUCUCCAGGAAGGACACAGGAGCCUGAUAGCUGCUGCUUCUUAUCCUUGUUUCAUAAGAGAGUUUCUUCCUCUAGAUUUCACUUGUUCAUAUUUCACAGCAAAAGUUCAAAAAGAUACAAGCUGGAAACUUGAAGGAUAAAAAUUGCCAAAUGUACUGUUUUGCAGAUCCCAUUUGUUAAAGAUGCCUGCUUUUCAUAAUUCUUAAUGUACCUUCACUUUCUGUGUGUUUUCCACACUGUGUGCCAUCCUGUGCUCUUCACAGUAUCCUCUCUUGGAAGCCCCAAAACAGUUGUACCUGUGACAUUAUCAUGAAAUGCUGAGCACAGUGUGUGUACCAUAAUGAGUGAAGAGCAGCACUGGUCCCCCAUCUGAGGAAGCCUCUAAUAGGUCCAUCUACUAAUCCACUGGAUUUAUUGUGCUAGUUAAUUGUUGUGACUUACCAUCAUUUGUAGCCAGCCAGUUUAGUUUGAAAAUCUAAAUAAAACUAAAUAAAUCCUUCAAA